AUGACGCACCUCCUCGCCCUUCCCCCUGAACUCCGCCUGCUCAUCUACACCCUUCUGCUCGCUGACCACCAACGCGUCAGCCACCGCACCCAGCCCACCAAUGUCCACCUCCGCCCCCUCCGCACCUGCACACUCCUCUACGCAGAGGCAGCCCCCGUCCUGUCCGCCUACGUCUCUCUCCGCAACGAGGUCCAGAUCACCCGCUUCCUCCACUCUCUCACCAGCGAACGGGCCAGCCUAGUCAACUGGGCCGAUGUCGCCAACGACGGUCGCGUCCUCCACGAUCCGUCCACAAACCACAUCGAGCCCGCCUCCCAGCUCUACCUCGCCCUCGCCCGCCUCUCCUCCCUCGCCAUCCUCCGCGUCUUCCACUUUCGCAUUACACUACGGCAGGGAAAGCCAAACGGGGAAUGGACACUAUGGGUCUUGAUUCUAGUCAUGAGUAGGAAGCGUAGGCUCAUCAGCCCCUCCUCCCUCCUCUCCCUCCGCCUCUCCGGCGACUGCCACUUCCCCGCCUCAAACCGCACCACUCCCCUCGCCCUCCCCUCCCUCCUCCACCUCUCCCUCUCCGCCAUCACCUCAAACGCCUUUGACACACUCGACUUCUCCCGACUCCUCCCCCACUCCCGCCUCCUCUCCUUCUCCCACUCACAGGGCCACAGACUCGCCUUUGAGCUCCGCGACCCCCACCUCGCCUCCCUCCUCCGUGCCCCCUCCCCCGCCCUCUCCCUCCGCAAACUCGUCCUCCUCGGCUCAUCCCGCCUCUCCUCCCACGCCCUCUCCACUUUCAUACAAUCCCUCCACGCACUCGACUACCUCGCCCUCUCCCUCGUCACCGUCAACGAGCUCAGGCACAACUUCAUACACGGCAUCAGUCCGCACCUCACCGUGCUCAAACUGCAGGUCACCAACGCGUGGUACGCUGUCCCGCUGUACGACGAAGUGGGCGCCGUGUGCGAUGCCCUGGAGGAGAGGGUGCUGAAGAGGGACAGCGGAGGCGUCCAGCUCGUCUGCGUCUCCUUCUACCCAAAGCUCAUGGCGGAGGACGGCAGGGCACAGCGUUGGAGGGACAUUGCGGACCAGAGGCGCUUUACGCUGAAGAUCGGUCCCUGGGAGGAAGACGAGGAGACGUGAAUCGGGGCAUGCUCUAUUGUAUCUCGUUUUUCACUUGUACUACCACAUGCAUAUCUAUUAUCAUUAUGGACU